AUGUCGUCCAGAACAUCAAUCCAAAAUCCUGCAGCGGCAAUAGCCUCGAGCUCGUCUAUCCCAGGGCUCGCGGCCCUCGCAGAUCCCCCCACUCGCCAGAUAGACGCGGCGGCCAUGGACUACUUCCUCAUCGAGAUGGUCAGCACCCUGCGCGCAUCCUCUGCCGUCGCGGCUGCGCGAGCGAAGAAGCUCGAACAAGAUAUGAUAGAGGCCGGCCUCAUGCCCGCACCUUCGCACGUUCCCCCUACGCUCAAGGACACACAGCGAGACUCAGUGGGUAGCACCACAUCGAGGACUUCGGGCGGGAAGCCCGCCCUGGACGAUGAGGAAGAGGCCCUUCGGUCGCGCCUGGAGGCCAUUGGCAUGCAUGUCGGGGCAAACGUCGCUGAGAGGCUAUGCCAUGACCGAGGGAUGUUCUCGGACACUCUCGACGCAGUCAAGUUCGUGUGCAAGGAUCUCUGGGUAGCGUGCUGGGACAAACAAGUUGACAACCUGCGGGUAUACGUAUUGCAAGACAACGCGUUCCGACCUAUCACACGGCUGUCUAGUGCGAGGGGCGUGCAGAUGCCAUACGAAAGCAAGACUGGUAAGAAAUCACGGUCCGGGCGUUGA